AUAUUUACUUCGUUUCACUCGUUGCAACAGAAGAAUUAUACGUAAACGUAACCCACGUAAACCAAAGUAAAUAACGAUCGUUAAAAAACGAUUAUACAAAUAUUUAUUAAAUAAGAUAUGGAAGACUCGUUAAAGAAUGAAACUAGUAGUAUUAAUGAUAAUCCAAUUGUUUUCCUGGAUAUAGCAGUUGAAUCAGAAAAAGUUGGAAGAGUUGUAAUACAGCUUUUUAAAGAUGUUGUACCACGAACAGCAGAAAAUUUUCGUGCUUUGUGUACUGGAGAAAAAGGUAUUGGGAUUAAUGGAAAAAAAUUACAUUACAAAGGAUCAAUAUUCCAUAAAGUGUUACCACAGUUUAUGAUCCAAGGUGGGGACAUAAUAAAUUUUGAUGGAACAAGUGGAGAAAGUAUAUAUGGAGCACAAUUUGAAGAUGAAAAUUUUAAACUUUCGCAUACAUCAGGUGGAUUAUUAAGUAUGGUAAACGAGGGUUAUCCUAAUAGCAACAGUUCUCAAUUUGUUAUUACUAUUUCGGCUAGUACACAUUUAGAUAAUACCAAUGUAGUUUUUGGGAAAGUUUUGAAAGGGAUGGGAGUUAUAUUGGAAGUAUCUCAAGUGUCUACAGUAAAGGAUGUUCCAGUCGAGAAAAUACACAUAACAAACUGCGGAGAAUUAAAGGAAGGUCAGGAUUGGGGAUUGGAAGAAAAUGAUGGCACAGAAGAUGUUUUUACCCCAUGGCCGGAAGAUUGGGAUUAUUGUAUGAAUAUCAAAGGAGUCGAUGACACAUACAUAACGGAAGUUAUCAGAAAGAUAAAAGAUUCAGGAAAUGAUUAUUUUUCACAAAAGAAUUAUGUGGAUGCAGGCAGGAAAUAUAAGAAAGCAUUACGUUACUAUAAGUGGAUGCUCAAGACAGUGGAUAUAUCAAAACCUUGUAAUGAAACGCUAAUAAAUACUAGAAUGGCUCUAUUGCUUAAUCUUGCAGCUGUUAAAUUAAAAGCAAAGAAACAUCGUGAAGUAUUAAAGUUAUGUACAGAGGUUUUACAGUUGGAUAAGAACAAUAGUAAAGCACUAUUUCGUAGGAGUCAAGCAUAUAUGGGAUUAAAUGAAUAUGAUUUAGGUUUGAGAGACUUAAAACGGGCAUCGUCAAUAUCCCCCAAUAAUAAGGACAUUUUAAUAGAAAUAGAAAAAGUGAAAAAAGUUAUGAGUUCAUAUCUAGCGAUUGAAAAAGCAUCAUGUCAAAGAAUGUUCAAAUAAGAACAAGACAUUUUAUAAAAUAUUUGUAAAUAUAGCAAAAUAUUACAUAUGCAUCAAUAUUUUUAUAUUAAACACUAGUGGUAUUUAAUCAAUUUUGUAAAUGUAUUACAUACACAAUAUGUUUUCAUAUAUUAUUUAAUUUUUAUAUUUUAUUAUUGACAGUAAUUCUCAGAACCUGAAACAUUUUCUCAUAUAAGAGAAAGUAUCAAAUUUGACACACAGCAUAUAAAUAAAUAUAUUUUUAAUACAAAUUUUCUUUCAUUUAAGAAGAAUGCAGCUGAUAGAAUUGUAUGCAUUCAACAUACUAUCGCGAAGAUAAAUUUAUCCUAACCAAUAAAAGUUACUCCGUAUAAAAAAAAAAGCACACGAAGCAUGUUUCCUAUUACAUUUGACAGAUUUUAUUAUAUGUAACUCUUUUAUAUGAAAAACAAAAGAAAUGUUAUAAAAGAAUCAGACAAUUACGUCGCAGUAAAUAUUGCUAUAAACAAAUAUUCAGUGUAUGCUCAUUUAUUGAACAUUUAUGUCAAGUUCUUAACAAGUCUGAGCAAUAAAAUGUCUUUUAAGUUUUGGUAGGAGCUCACACAUAGUUUCUGGCAUUACAUCAGUAUUCUUACAACAAUGGUUGUUUAUUACAUCUAAAUAUUUUUUAAUAAAAAAUAACUUAAAUAAUGUACCCACAUAUGAAAGAUCACUAAAUGCAAUUUUGGCUAUAAUUAAAAACUCACGCUUUAUUUUAACACUUUAAUCAUCCGGUUUUGUUGAAAGGUUUAAGUUUUCUUGUUUUAAUAACACUGUAUACCUAUGUAACAAAUUCAGUUAUCUACAGUGGUUACAAGCAUACAAGUUAUCGCAAUGACUAGAUUAAGAAUGUUUCCAUUAUCGAACACCUUCGACAGUAAUAUUAAUUUUCACUAGAGCUCACGUUUUUUAAUAAUAAAUAAAUAAAUAAAUACAUAAAAA